UGUAGACUGAUCUGAGACCAGUCUCUUCAGUUCGUAAUGCACCAUUUAACGUUAUCACGAGUAUGUAGAACUGACUCCAGAACAGCGGUUUGGUUAGUAUGCCUUUUUCCCGUUUUGUAAACUUGUAACCGCUUCCUCGGUUCGGCAGCGGUUCUGUCAAGGUGUACGCAUGGCGCUGUGUGUUUUAUAUGGCAGCCCGGGAUGCCGGCUGUUCCACAGUAACGUUAAACUCUUACAAACGUAUACCCAGACCCAAACGGCCAGACUCGUACACAAUGUUUUACGGAAAGGAGCGGGACUGAAACCCGCACUGUCACCGCGGAGAGCUCACUGCUGCCCGGUGACUGUGAGUCAGUGGAACACCUGGAGAACAACUCAACACUCGAGACCAUUUGCCUCGUUACCUCCACCGCCUUCAUCAGGGGAUAAGAAGAAGUCUGGGCCGGUGACGUGGAAAUCUUUGGCGAUAACAUUUGCUAUUGGAGGCACUCUGCUUGGAGCGAUGAAAUAUUUCAAGAAAGAAAAGGAAGAACUGAUUGAAAAAGAGCGGACCAAAUCGAUUGGUCGACCGGCGCUGGGCGGUCCCUUCUCGCUCAUCGAUCACAACAACAAGCCCACCAAGAGCGAGGACUUCCUCGGCCAGUGGGUCCUCAUCUAUUUUGGCUUUACUCACUGCCCCGACAUCUGCCCGGAUGAAAUAGAAAAAAUGAUUGAAGUGGUGGAUGAAAUAGAUAAAAUAAAGUCUCUUCCAAACCUGACACCUAUCCUCAUCACCAUCGAUCCUGCAAGGGACACAGCAGAGGCCAUGGCUGCAUAUGUGAAAGAAUUUUCCCCGAAGCUUAUUGGCCUGACGGGAACAACGGCCCAGAUUGAGCAGGUUUCCAGAUCCUUCCGAGUGUAUUACAGCCAAGGACCAAAGGACGAGGACAACGACUACAUAGUGGAUCACACCAUCAUCAUGUACCUGGUGGGACCCGACGGAGAAUUUGUGGAGUAUUAUGGACAGAACAAAAGAAGUGUGGAGAUCAGCAACUCAAUAGCAGCAUAUAUGAGGAAGCACAAGAAGGCAAAGUGAGCAGCAGCCAAUAAAAAGCCCAAGAUGCACUGACACAUUCUAUCCCCAGGUGUUUGACACAUUAUAACUUAAAUUACUAGUGCCAUCUCAUAUCAACUCCCUGUAUCUAUUUUUUGAUCAGAC